UAAUGUCAUUAAGUACCUAAUAAGUUUAUACUGUGAUUUGUGACUCAAAAAUUAAAUAUCAAGAACAGAAUCAUAAAUCAGUACUCAUAGAAUUAUGUUAAAAUUUGGUUGAUUGAAAAUUCAUGAGCAAAUUUUAAUAUCAAAUGGCUUAUACGGAAAAGGUGUCGCUCAAUGGCACCGCUCUUUCGUUUUUAUUAUACGAAUGUAUGAAUUCUCCGAAUAGUCAGGAAGGCUUCCUCAUAGGUGACGUGACUUCUCAAAUUACUAACCAUAUAUCGGACUCUCAGAACGACAACGCCAGACUGGACACUCAAAUAGUGAUACGAACUGUACUACCCUUACCUUCGGUAUCAUUAUUCUAUUUACCUACCGGAACAAUAAAAGAAGAUGUGCUCUCUGAAUUACUAUCUAAUGUGGCCACCGAAGUUGUAGGAUGGUACAAAUACAGAAAAAAUAGUAGCAUCAAACCAACAUUCCGGGACAAGUUAAUAUCGAAGGGAUUACAGAAAUAUUUUGAAAAGUAUCAUGGACGUAAAACAUUUGUUUCUUGCAAUUUAUCAAUUAAAUCAUCAUCAAUUAGCUCAACACAUACAAUUAUAUAUCGAUUCGGUAAAAUUAACUGUUUUGACAUGUAUGAACAUGUUGACGAUGUUACAGCUAAUUUGGGUGAAAAACUGGCAGGUUAUAAAAAACCUACUAAAGUGUCUCCACAUUGCAUAUUCCACAAAAUUGUCAAAGAGAGUAACGUUCAUAGUAGUAAUGCAAUAUUGAUAGUACAAGAAGCGAUAGAUGUGAGACUUAUUAAAGAAGCCAAAAUUGCCGCUAAAAAUGAGUGCACUAUCAGAGAACUUGAGGCAGAAAUAAAACAAAUGAGUGAUAUUUUAGCUGAUAAACAAGUAGUUGACCUAGAAGGUGCAUAUAAUAAAAUAUUGGAUGAAAAAUAUUUAAAUAGAGAUGUUGAGAUGGCCGAAGCUUGUAUUGAGGCAUUAAAGACACCAGCAACUGUCGACAUUCUCAGCAUUCCAAAUGUUAUUAUAAAUAGGAAAGCUACAAUAUUAUCAGACGGUGACAAAUCGGAUCAAACUAUUGAAAUUAAAAAUAUAAGCUUUAACCCAGAGUUAACACCUUCAAGUUCAACGAAAUCGCAAACAUUAAAUUAUGCAGCUGUGCUUAAAAACAGUUCAGAUUUUGCUUCUACCAGUGCAAGUACGCCAAUAGAUAAAAAAACCAAAAACUAUGAUGAAGAUUUAAUAAGUUUUGAUGUAGAAGAUAAACAUAGUCAAAAACCCAUUCUUAUCAGUGACAACCACAGUGUCAGUGGUAGCUCACCAGAGUAUUAGGAGUGCCUUACACUUUUGAUUAAUUAUAAAAAGUUACCAUAAAUGUUAACAUCAGUUUUUGUUAUCGACCAACCACUAACAUUAUCUUAAAACGACAAUUCUUUAAAUAUUUCUAAGAGUUGCUGUACAGUUAAUUGUUUUUAAAUGUCUGAACAUUUUAUUAAGUGUUUAAUAUUUGUUUUUUAUUUACAAUUUGUUUAAUUAAUUUUCAUAUAGUAUUCCAGAAGCUAAGAUAAAUAUUUCCCUUUUUUUAUAUAAAGUAUUGUAAAACAUUGAUAACUACUUAAUUUUUAUUGUUUGUUUAUAAAUCUUAUGCUGAUAUUGUGAAGGGUCGAGAUGUAAAUAACAAUAAGCUAGUUUAAAAAACAAAUUACUCAGAUUUGUUAGUUAAUUGUUUAAAAUAUGUUUUGUAGAAGAGUAUUUUUGUAAUAAAUGUCAUCACAUAAUUA